CCGCAGUUUCAAAACGAUUAGUUGGCCUGAGAUAUAAAGAAAACAUUGCACAUGAUGGCGAAUUAACACCCGGGUUUGUUCUGUUCCUUGUGAUCAUUUAAUCUGAACUCUGACUUUGUCAGGUUGAGGUGACUUGUGAUCAUUAACAUCUGGGAUGUAGCUCAACAACAACGCUUCACAUUGAACAUUAUUAUCUUCGACUUCUUACAGAUUUAGUGGGUUUUUGUUUAGUUAAUCGCAACAACAGUUUUUUGCGAUUUUAAUAUUAUCAGAAUGGAUAACUCAUCCAGGCUCAUUGUGGAUGUUCAUGGUGCAGUGGUGAAACACACUUCCGAAGGUUUGUUGACGCACGAUACGAGGCGCAUCUUUGAAAUAAUCAACUACGUGUUUCUCUGCAGUGCCAUCGGCCUCUUCGGCAUCGUCGCCAACAUCAUCAACAUCGUCGUCUUCUACAAGCAAGGCCUCAACAACACCGUCAACAUCACCUUGACGGGACUGGCCGUCUCGGACCUGUGCGGCCUCAUCAUCCUGCUCUGGUUCGACAUCUGCGUGAGCCCACUGUUUGAGUACCUUAACGUUCCUGUGGCGCCCUCAGAGUUCCAGCACUUGACCGGGGGCUGGCCGAGAGGUUGUUUCUCCCGCGUCGCCAACUGGAUCACCGUGUUCAUCACGGCCGAGCGCUGUCUGUGCAUCACCGCGCCGCUGAAGGUUAAGAAAAUCAUCACGCCGAGACGAACCACCAUUGCGUUGUUCGUCAUGCUGGUCAUCACGAUCCUCCCGCUGAUACCCGAAUACCUCACCGCGUAUCUGGAUUGGAAGUUCUCCGAAGAAAGAAACAGAACGGUCCUCGGGCUGGUGUUCACGGCGAAAAGGUCCGAAGUCGAAGGGCUGACCUUCCUCAUUUAUUUCAUCUACAUAUUCGUCGCCUAUUUCCCUCUCAUUUUUCUCACGGCCUUUUUGAGCUACAAGCUGAAGCAGAAAACAAAAUGGCGCAUGGCGUCGACCUCCGACGCGAAACAAUCCGAAACGAUAUCGUCACGUGACAGCAAGACCAUCAACAUGGUGGUGGCCAUCGCCAUCGUCUUCAUCGUGUUCAAUGCGCCCUCCGUGAUUCUGAAGCUCACCGGUUACGUCCUGCCCGGGUUUGGCGUCAUUGGUGUGUACACGAACUACUUUUUUGUCACGUGGUCCUUCGCGUACCUGUUCGAAUCGAUCAGUUCCAGCGUUGAUAUCCUUUUCUACUACAGGAUGAGUUCUAAAUAUAGAAAGACAUUCCAUGAGGUGUUC